AUGGGGAGGGAGAUGAUGAUGAUGAUAGUUGGAUUACUCCUGAUAAUUAUCAGUCAGUUUGUGAUGGUACCUACGCUCAACAAUGCAAGGCCUGCUUCAAUAACUGAUUUCUCUAAGAAGACUGGUGAUUAUCAAAGUCUAUCAGCUGUUGAUCUUCGACUGAUUGCACUCACUUACCAGCUGGAGAAGGAGAGAGGACCUCAAAGAGGAACCAAUUUAAGAACUGACCCAAUACAAACCAACAAAGAACAACAAAGGAUACCUUAUUCUACAGCUGGUUUCUACACUGGAAAGAAGCCACAGAAGAAUGAAGCAACAUUGAGUGACUCCCUCAAUGAUGUUGAUAUUAAUAAAGAAUGUGAUGAUACAUCAACUGAACAAAGCAUUAGCAGUAAAGAAGACAGAGAGAAAGAAAGAGAACAAGAUGGAGAUAAAGAUACAGCACUAACUAAUGACAUUCUUGAGGAACAAUUAGAAGAAGAGGAGGAGGAGGAAAGAGGAGAGGAAGAUGGAGAGGGAGAGGAUGAUGAUGAUAGUUGGAUUACUCCUGAUAAUUAUCAGUCAGUUUGUGAUAGUAUUGGUGGAUUGAUGGAGGAGACUAUUGAUGAGAUAUCUGUUGGUUGUAUGACCACUGACUAUGCUAUGCAGAAUGUCCUAUUACAGAUUGGUCUUAAUGUAGUCUCCAUUGAUGGAAUGUUAAUCAAGAGAAUAAGAACCUACGCUCAACAAUGCAAGGCCUGCUUCAAGGUUUAUUUUAAAAGUGGUCUGUUGUUUUGUCCUUACUGUGGCAACAAGUCAAUGAUUUAA